AUGGCGAUCUUGACUUUCACACUUACUCCGGACGCUUUGGGUAAAUUCCAUGACGCACUCGUUUGUCUUGGGAAAUUUAGUGAAACGGUUUCUAUCGAAGCUACUAACAGCAAGCUCACCUUGACAACACUCAACUCUACAAAGUCAGCUUAUGCUUCCUUCACGUUAGUGGGAAAGAAAUUCUUCUCUAAGUACAUAUAUACGCCAGUGCGUAAUGGUCGUCAAACGCCGGAAAAGUUUAGCUGUAAGAUUUACAACAAGGCCUUACUGGCUGUUUUUAGGGGUCGUGUUGGGGGUGAUGCUUCUAAGGAAAAAGACACCGCCAUAGAAAGAUGUGAUGUCUCGAUUGAAGAUGGAGACAGGGCAACAAAAAGUCGUUUUACUGUGAAAAUUCUAUGCAGACAUGGCGUCUUAAAAAUUUACCGAUUGAAUUUUGAAGAUGUCCCCCCUAUGCAUGCGCUGUUCUCAGAAGAUUCAGCAAGCAAUAACUGGUCGAUCUCUUCUAAAACGCUGCGCGAGUUUGCAGAGCAUUUUGGGCCCGGGACUGAACAGCUCGAUGUUUUCUCUAUUGAUGGUCGCGUGAAAGUCUUGAAGCAGCCUUUGCGCACCACAAUAGUCGUGGAAACCUCGGAAUUCGUCGAGUUCGCCGUCAAAGAGCAUCUUCACAUUGUUAUCAGCGUCAAGGAUUUCAAAUCAAUCAUUGCUCAUGCCGGGAUUACCAACACAAAUAUCAGAGCUGUGUACUCAAAUCCUUCAAGCCCAAUGCAGCUUAUGUACAGUGAGGGCGGAAUGCAAUGCGAAUUUAUCCUUAUGACAACAGGUGAGGCGAGGGCGGCAUCGGCAACACCAACAGCAGAUGGGACUCGAACAGCUUCGAAAAAGCCAGCUGUAAGACAGCCCUUGGAAGCCACAUCGAGUUUAAAAAGAACUAGAUCAGGCUCCGAAAUGGCUCCGCCAACCGGUCCAGCUCCAAGCCUAGCUCGAGAAAACACAAGGAGAAAGAUUUCUAGGCCAUCCCCACCACCACCAGAGCCUAGCAUUCAAUCACAAGCGCUUUUCUUGCCAGCGAACGAUGACGAUCGCAGGUGGGACCCGGUCGAUUACGAGGAUGAGGACAAUGAGAUGUUAUUAUGGGAUGCAGGUGUAGACGAAUCUUCAGCUAGUGAUCCAAGUCGCCGAUUACAAGAGACUCAAAAUAAGAGUCAUCUAGACCCUGAAAUACCCAACCAAAGAUACUUGACCGUACCUACACAACGUGUAGCACCAACUCAGCGAUUAUCACAAGUGAGUUGCAAAGUCUGA